AUGGAGCAACAGUUAAAGGAAGUGCAAGAUCAGAUGCAGGCGUUGACGAUAGCCAUGCAGAGACGAAACACUGACCGAACCCCUCCUUGGUAUAGGCCUGAUGAUGAUGAUGACGACAGUGAUACCUACUCAACUGCCGGUGACUACAACCCAUACGGGCGCCGACAUCGUGAUACUCAUCACAGGAGUGAUAUCAAGGUUGAUAUCCCUGAAUAUGAUGGACGUUUGGAUCCUGACGAGUUUGUAGAGUGGCUACGUACAGUCGAAAGAGUGUUUGAUUACAAGCAAACAGGGGAGGAAAAGAAGGUAAAACUUGUUUCUUUAAAGCUAAGAAAGUACGCUUCAACAUGGUGGGCAAAUGUGUGUUUGCAAGGUGAGAAAUUUGGCAAAGAAAAGGUCCGAUCUUGGAGUAAGAUGAAGAAACUCCUCAAGACAAAAUUUAUGCCUCCGUACUAUCUUCAAGAAAGCUUUUCUAAACUGCAUUUUAUCAAGCAGGGAUCAAGAACUGUCAAAGAGUAUUCCCAGGAGUUUGAACAUCUACUUAUGAAGUACAAUUUAAGCGAAGACGACCCCCAAACACUAACACUGGUGCGAUACCUUGGUGGGUUAGAAUCAUCAAUUUCUAACGUGGUGGAGUUACAGCCCUACACAACAUUGGCUGAGCUUACAUUAUUGGCGCACAAGGUGGAGGGUCAGCAAAAGGCAUGGGGUAAAGUUGAGGCGACCAAACCAUCACACAAAACAACGGUUCAUACACCUAUACCUACACCUAGUUCAAUCCCAUCUUCGAGUUCAGGCACUUUAAAAACUUUGGAGUUACCAGAAGGUUCAGCCACCGCCUCGAGACACACCCGCCGUUGUUUCCAAUGCCAAGGAUUAGGUCAUAUUGCGUCUGAGUGCCCUAACAAAUGGAUCAUUACACGUGCUGAGUUUGAAGACCUGGUUGGACCUAAGUUUGAUGAAGAACCAAACCGGCAGCAAGAUACAAAUGAGGUGGUAAUAGGUCCAGAUGAGGGAGAUUGUUUGGUAAUACAUCGAGCUCUAAAUGUGACCGCUAUUCAAUGCGAAAACCUGCAGCGCGAAGCUCUUUUCCAUACCCGUUGCACCAUUCGGGACAAGGUUUGUUCACUUGUUAUUGAUGGUGGGAGUUGCACCAAUGUUGCAUCCCAAACCAUGAUAUCCAAACUGAGUUUGUCUACCGAACCACACCCUUCUCCUUAUGAUAUCCAAUGGCUAAAUCAAGGAAAAGGCAUACGUGUUUCAAAUCGUGUUUUACUUUCAUUCUCUAUUGGAAACCUAUACAAGGAUGAAAUUUGGUGCGAAGUAAUUCCAAUGGAUGCAUGUCACGUCUUGUUAGGUCGUCCUUGGUUGUUCGAUCGUCGGGUUGUUCAUGACGGGUACAAGAACACGUAUUCGUUUGUCCAAGAUGAAAGAAAGAUAAUGUUACUACCCAUGGUCUACACUAAUGCAAUUGAUUGUCGCACCAUGGUUAUCUCUAAGUAUGCUAACAUGCCUUCACAAGACCUUAUGAGGAUUAAUGAGUUUCUGCAUAUUGAAUUUAGUAAGCCAAAAGGAGUCCACAGAGGUACUGUUCGUGAGCCAGAGAUUACUCAUCUAAGUUUGAGGUCAAACUUUUUCAAAGGGGGAUAG